AUGGACCACCACUGUCACCACCAUAAAGAAAGAGUCGCCAUCAUUGGCACAGGAUGGGCUGGAUAUGCACUAUCCCACGGCCUGGACCUAAACAAAUACUGUGUCAUUGUGGUCUCCCCCGACACAACAUCGAACAUGACCCCGCUCCUUGCCAGCGUUGCCUGCGGACUGUUCGACUUUCGAAUAGCCCAGGAGCCCAUCCGGCGCAAAAGCCGUGAUAUCAAAUACAUCAAGGCCUGCGUGACCCACAUUGACUUUGAGGAGAAGAUGCUCGGCUGCCAUCCGGCCUUUAGCCACCUGGCAAUGACUGAGAGCAGAGACCGUGAGUUUGGUGUCCAUUACGACAAGGUCGUCAUCGCACCGGGAACAAUAAACAACACCUUCAACAUCCCCGGUGUCGCAGAACAUGCCUACUUCCUCAAAACGGUAAGAGACGCACAGGCAAUCCGCAACCGCAUCAGUGAAAUGUUCGAAAUGGCCUCCAUCCCAGCCAUCCCUGAAGACAAACAACGCCAGCUCCUAAACGUCAUCAUCGUCGGCGGCGGCCCCACUGGCAUCGAAAUGGCAGCCGAACUUACGGAUCUCUUUCAAUACGACUACACCCAGCUCUACCCACACCUCCGCGACAAAAUGCGCGUAUCUGUCCACACAGUCUCGCACAAGAUCCUUUCCCCCUACGAUGCAAACCUGCAAGAAUAUGCAACCCAGUCCCUAAACCGCAACAAUGUCUGGGUCAAGUUCGACUCACACAUCACGAACGUCACAGCCGACACCAUCGAAACGGAAGAAGAAGGCCGCAUAGGUUACGGCCUCCUCGUCUGGGCUACGGGCGACAAAUCCACCCCCUUAGUCGACUCCCUUGACGUCUCCAAAUCAUCCCAUGGCAUGCACCGUAUUCUAACAGACUCUCGCCUGCGCGUACUCAGGAAAGACAACACAGUCAACACCGACGCCUACGCACUAGGCGAUGCAGCAGACAUCGACGGCAAGAGUCUCCCGCCAACCGCCGAAGUAGCUUUACAAAAAGCAGACUAUCUAAUCCACCAGUUUAAUACGUUUCCGGCGCCGGAUAUUGAGCCUGGCGUCCCGUUUCGGUAUCAACAGAGGCAGCUGGUUACGUAUACGGGGAGGAAGGACGGGGUUGUUGCGGGGAAGAAGGAAUAUAGUGGGUAUGGGGCGUGGUUGAGUUGGAGGUCUGGGGAUUUGAUGUGGACGAGGUCGUGGAGGAGGAAGAUUAUGAUUUGUAUGACUUGGGUUUUGAAUUGGUGGGGUGGGAGGGAUAUUGCGAGGAAUUGA